GAGCGUUUGGCAGUCAACCCGUUUCAGGAAAGUGGGAGUCGAAAUAAAGCUUGCCGGACGACCGAAAUUCGUGUUAGUCGCAUAGUGAAGCUUGGUCGCAGUGUAUAGUGGCGUUUCUCGUUCUUGGGAUAUUUAACUUUCGUAUUUUUAAACUUUGAGGAAAAAAAACUAUCAACAUGAGUUCUGCUGAAUACUAUCCAUUCAAGUGUACACCAACUGUCUACCCAGCGGAUCCCUUCGAUCCCGUUGAAGAUGCCGCAACAUUGAAGAAAGCCAUGAAAGGCUUUGGUACCGAUGAAAAAGCCAUCAUUGAAGUUUUGGGACGUCGUGGAAUUGUACAAAGAUUGGAAAUUGCCGAAGCCUUCAAAACAUCAUACGGCAAGGAUUUGAUCAGCGAACUGAAAUCCGAGUUGAGCGGGAAAUUUGAAGAUGUUAUGGUUGCCUUAAUGACACCACUGCCACAAUUCUAUGCAAAGGAAUUGCAUGAUGCCGUCGCUGGAAUCGGUACCGACGAAGAGGCCAUCAUUGAAAUCCUUUGCACCUUGUCAAAUUACGGUAUUAAAACUAUUGCUCAAUUCUAUGAGCAAUUGUAUGGCAAAGCCUUGGAGAAGGAUUUGAAGGAUGAUACCAGUGGUCAUUUCAAACGCUUGUGCGUCUCGCUAGUUCAGGGUAAUCGUGAUGAAAAUCAGGGAGUUGAUGAAGCUGCCGCCAUUGCUGACGCUACAGCCCUUUUCGAAGCCGGUGAAGGCAAAUGGGGAACCGAAGAGUCCAUUUUCAAUUCAAUUUUGAUCACAAGAUCAUAUCAACAGUUGCGCCAAAUCUUUUUAGAAUACGAAAACAUUGCUGGACAUGAUAUUGAGAAGGCUAUCAAACGCGAAUUCAGUGGAUCCGUCCAAAAAGGAUUUUUGGCUAUUGUGAAAUGCUGCAAAUCCAAGGUAGACUAUUUUGCCGAACGUCUCCAUGAGUCAAUGGCUGGUCUUGGUACCAAGGAUAAGACACUAAUUCGUAUUGUUGUUAGCCGAUCUGAAAUUGAUUUGGGUGACAUCAAGGAAGCCUUCCAAAAUAAGUAUGGAAAGAGUUUGGAAUCAUGGAUCAAGGAGGAUAGUGGAAGUGAAAUUGGAUAUUUGCUGGUUACAGUCGUAGCUUGGUAGACUCCGCGAAACCAACAAACAAAAAUGCUUCCUUCUAUAUAACCAAAGCAAAGCAGUUUAAAAUAAUAAUGAAUCUACUCAUCAUAUUCGACGAGAUUUCCAAACUCAUAAUUUUAUUUAUUUGUGUAAAUUGAUUUUGUUUCGGCAACAAAAAGUUAUUGGCUUCAUAUAACAUUUUCUUUUGUAUUUAUUUUUUUUUUCAAAAUUCAUGACAUUUUUAGAUGUUUAAAAAAUACUCAACUUUUGGUUUAUUUAAUGCAUUUGUCUUAAUGAUUUUAUAUUGAAAAACAAUUCUAAAUUGUUGCAAAAUUUUCAAUUAGGGUUCAUUCUCAUAAACAGGCACCCUAAGAAUUUUAAAAACGCUUACUUACGGACGAAGCAUUUGAAAUAUACAUUUAUAUUUUAA